AUGGCUCACUUGGGAUACGUCAUCAGAAAUUUUGCAGCUGUGCCCUCCUCUGCCGUCGCUAACAUUCUAUCCACGAGUACCUCGGACAGUGAAGGGGACACCUACAAAGAGAGGACAGCUCAGGUGGCAUCCGAGAUACCGUCUGUGCCAUUUUACCAACAAGACCCCGACCAAACCCAGCCUGCAGACAUGGAGCCCAGGCGGCGCCUUAUGGCCCCAGAGCCUGCAGCUGAACCCCCCAGCCUGAACAGGAGUGCCACGGAGCAGGAGCACAUAGACCUGGAAGAAGACGAGGAGCUCACUCUUAAGUACGGCGCCAAGCAUGUCAUCAUGCUGUUUGUCCUCGUCACCCUUUGCAUGGUGGUCGUAGCCACCAUAAAGUCGGUCAGCUUCCACACUGAGAAGAACUUAGUGGUCAUGCUCUACAAGUACCGCUGCUACAAGUUCAUUCACGGAUGGCUCAUCCUGUCCUCGCUGAUGCUGCUCUUCUGGUUCAGCUUCAUGUACCUGGGGGAGGUAUUUAAAACCUACAACAUGGCCAUGAAUUACCCCACAGUAGCCUGGAACUUUGAGGCAGUGGGAAUGAUCUGCAUACACUGGAAGGGGCCCCUGCAGCUGCAGCAGGCCUACCUCAUCGCCCUCUUGGCCCUGGUGUUCAUCAAGUACCUGCCCGAGUGGUCCGCCUGGGUCAUUCUGGGAGCCAUCUCUGUCUACGAUUUGUUUGCAGUCUUGUGCCCCAAAGGUCCUCUAAGAAUGCUUGUGGAGACAGCACAGGAGCGUAACGAGCCCACCUUCCCUGCACUCAUGAACUGGGUUCUAAAGUUUGAACCUCUGCUGUGUCUGCCCGCCAGCUGUAUGAAUAACAUACAGCUGGGACGAGAAGUCAAGCUGGGACUGGGGGACUUCAUCUUCUACAGUGUGCUGGUGGGGAAGGCUGCCGCCACUGGAGGAGACUGGAACACCACGCUGGUCUGCUUCGUGUCCAUUCUCAUAGGACUCUGCCUCACUCUUCUGCUGCUGGCCAUAUACAAGAAGGGGAUGGGGGGGGUCUUCUACUUCUCUACAGAUAACCUGGUCCGCCCCUUUAUGGACAACCUCGCUGCCCAUCAGUUCUACAUCUGACUUCCCCUCUGGGGGUCAAUAGAAUGCACAACCCCCCCCACGCCUGUAAUGUUUUACACCAAUGGUAGUCUAAGCAAAGAUUUGAUUGGGGGGGGGGGCGCUAUAAUGCCUUUUAAUCAAAUUUUGUAUAUUUUGCUAACAGGUCACCACAAAUGAGGGUAUAAUGCAUCAAGGAUUGUUUCAUGGGGUCUUCAACGUGGCAGGUGUAUCUGUCUGUGAUUUUCCAGAUAUAGGAUGGUGUCAAUUUGUUUCUUCUCAUUUGAUAGGUCAAUUUUGAUAAGAUGCAGGUCAGAAAAACAGGACAUUGUGAAUGAUCAGGAGAAAUCACAUUUGUAUUACGCACUAUAGAUCAUUUUGAAUUAGGCAUUUAUGUCCCACUCAACCAACUUUGGGUUAUUUUGAGGAUAACUUGGCACUUCAAUAGUUCAAGUGAAGUGGUAACUUGAACAGUCAAGACAUGCUGCAGUGAUCAAUUCAGGUCAAAUCUCUUCUCAAGGCUACUGGUUUUUAAAGGGGCAGUGCAGUCCAAAACUUGAUUUAAUUAUAUUUUCCCACCAAGGUCAAAAUAACUCUGAAAUUGGGAAAAUUAUAAUUCCCUUUUAGUAUGAGGUUCCAUUUUUUUACUCCUGGAAUUUGCCUGUUCAGGUGGGAUGUCGUUUUUGGCCCCCACAGCAUGACAUCACAAUCCGAUCGGAUUAUUCUGACCAAUAACCCGUUCACAAAAAUGGUUAGCUCCUACAGACAGUGAAUCUGUCUGUCUGGGGCUUGCUAUAUAAAGCAGGCAUCGAGGUCAGAGUGUAUUUGGUGUUAUUUUCAUGAAAUAAAGUUGUUUUUUACACUGA